AUGCAAGCCAGGCGCAUUCCGGCCACUCAAGACAUUGACGGCGUCAAGUAUGCAACGGUGUACAGGGCCGAGCAUGUCCGCCAAGCCCUCAGCUUUAUGCCUGAAGAUGGCGAUAUCGUCCUGGUAUCGCACGCAAAAUGCGGCAACAACUGGCUUCAGCAGAUCAUGCAACUUAUUCUUCACAGAGGACAGUCUGCCCAAAGCCUAGAAGAGUUCAGCCGAAGGACACCGUUCCUCGAGUUACUGGGCACAGGACCGGUGAAGCGCAUGCUGCCACCUCGCUUCAUGAAGACACACUUUCCUUACUGGGAACAGCCGAUGAACCAUAACGCCAAGUAUGUUUACAUCACCAGAAAUCCUCUGGACGUCUGCACGUCCUUCUAUCAUUACACUAAAUCCAUGCCGGUGUACAAGUUUCAAGACGGUACCUUCGACGACUUCUUCGAGCUCUUUGUGACGGGCGAGAACGUCCGCGGCGACUUCUUCGACCACCUAAAGUCAUGGUACGAGCACAAGGACGACGCGAAUGUCUUCUUGGUAACUUACGAGGAACUUAAGAGGAACUUUAGAGACACUUUAUUGAGGCUCGCUCGCUUCCUCGGCGAAGAGUACGCGCAGCAAUUAGAGGAUGACGAUAGUUUCUACAAGGUGGUCUUUGAGAAAAGCAGUGUCCCGUUUAUGUCCAAGCUCAUGGACAUGACUAGUGUCAGUAUGGAUUCCUCAGAAAAAAAGGACGACGACCCUUACUUAAGCGCUCUAAAAAAAUUUGUGUGCGACGAUUCUGGCACGGUACGCUUCACGAAUCAUGUUCGUAAAGCGACUUUGGGCGAUUGGAAGUCGCUUUUCAAGCCCCAGCAUUUGGAACGUCUCCGGCUUAGAAUCCAAGAGAGAGAAGUGGCCACCAUUCUCAAAGCUCUGUGGAGUUCCGAAGAUUUGGGAAGCAUUGUUUAGAUAUAAG